ACGCGUCCCAUGUCGUCAUUGUCGAUCCUUCCCAGCCUCUCCGCCGGCCGUGCUGUUUUGCCCGCGGCCGCGCGGCUACUUCCGCUGGCGUCACGACUCGCAUCUACGGGCGUGCUUCGCCGCGCCACUACGUCGGCGCCACGCAAUAUUUCAACCACCUCAGGCUCCUCCGGCCGGACCACUCGGGCCGGCGCUGGCGCCCUCUCGACCGGUGCGCCGUCAUUCGGCGGUGGCUAUCGCGGCGGCCGGUGCAACUUCUCGUCCGGCUCCUCGUCAUCCUCCUUUGGCGGCAGCAUCCCAAACAUCUCCGACAUUCCGGCGCCGUCGGCCUCGCUCGUCGCCGCGGCUGUCGUCGGCGCCUCCGCUCUCUACCUGGCCAAGCGGGCGGUGCUGAUGACGGACGCCGGAGUUACGUACGUCGUCCAGAACAAUCUGACCGGCCAGCUUGACGUGCACACAGAGCCAGGCAUCCACUACAUAGUGCCCUUCUUCUCCACGGUGACGGACUACAAGCAAGUCAUCACGUCGACAUUCGAGGCUGACGAGGCCGUCAUCGCCCGCUUCGCCGACACGUACGUCGGGAUGAUCCCCGUCACCUUCCGCUUCAAGCUGCCCGCCGACCCGGAAGGCGUGCGCAAGAUGCACCGCGAGUUCCGCUCCGAGACGAACCUGGUCAAGUCGCUGCUGAUGCGGAACGCGUCGAACGUGACGGUGAUCACGGCGACGCAGUACACCGGCGAGGAGUUCUUCCAGGGCGGCCUGAACCAGUUCAAGACCCAGCUCGCUGAUCAGCUGCAGAAUGGCAUCUACCUCACCGAGCGCCGGCAGGUCGAGAUCGAGCAGACCGACCUCGCGCCCGUCGGCUUGGCUUCCCCCGACGGCCCGGGCCCCAAGCUCGUGCGCGCCAAGCAGCUGGUGUGGAAGACGGUGCCCAUUCUCCAGGACAAUGGCGUGCCGCAGCGCGCCGAGAACCCGCUCUCCCAGUACGGCAUCGACGUCACCCAAGUGCUGAUUGGCGACCCGCGCCCCGAGCCCAAUUUGGACCGGCUGCUGAUGGACAAGAAGCGCCUCGUCGCCGAGCGCAUCAAGACGGUGCAGGAACAGGAGACGUCCAAGGCGCAGGCGAACACCGAGCAGCUCAAGAAGGAGAUCGAGCGCACGCGCGCGGUGCAGGACGCCCAACGCCAAAAGGAGCUGCGCACGAUCGAGAUGCAGCGCGAGGUCGACGUCGCGAAGCAGGUGGCGGAGCGCGAGACGAUCGAGCAGCGCAAGCUGCAGGACCUCGCCGUGAUCCAAAAGGAGAAGGAGCUCGCGAUCGCGCGCGCCGAGCUCGACAUCCAGAAGGCGAACGCAAGCGCGGCCCGGUUCCAAGCCGACGCGAUCGCCGCCAAGGGCAAGGCCGAGGCGGAGGUGCUGGCGGCCAAGUACAAGGCCAAGGCGCAGAACAAGGAGAUCUUCCUGGCCGAGACGCAGCGCGACAUGGCGACGGCGCUCUACUCCAACCUGAAGGACUUCACGGUCGAGAUGCCGCAGAACGUCAUCGUCGGCGCGGGCGGCGCCGACGGCGGCGGCGCGGGCAGGAUGCCGUCGAAUCUCGACGUGAUCACGAGCUUCUCGGCGCUCGGCCUGAUGGAGAAGGCGGUGAAGAGCAAGGCGGCGGCGUGAGACCCAAGAAGGGGUGGAAGCCAAGGUUCAGCUCAAGGUUCCGCAUGUUCAUGUGAUUGCUGACUCACAUACCGUACGUACACUCGCUUGCUAUUUUUUCGCUCCCCGCCACAGCCCUGCGGGUCUUCAUAGUAGACCGGAGGGCUACGACGCCUUUUCACACUCGCCAAGGGGCUGCAUACCGUAUUGUUGCGUCUUUCCAAAAAGAGUGGCUUAGCGUA